AAUCAUGUGCAGAGCUGUUGUAUGGUGAUGAGGCUGAACCUAGACUGCAACUCUUGUUGCAGGAAAACAAGGAGAAUCAUUCUCAGAAUCAAAGGGGUGGAGACGCAUAUGAUAGACAAGCAGCAAUGCACUGUGACGGUGUGCGGGAGAUUCAGGGCGUCGGAUGUGGCGAUUAAGCUGCGGAAGAAGAUGAAGCGCAGGGUUGAAAUCCUUCAUAUCGAGGAGGAGGGCGACUUCGGCGGCGGCCAGCCACCAGCUGAUCAUCAGGACAUUGAUAUGAGUCAUUAUGCUCCUCAUCAUCACCCAGCCUUCAUUGCUGCCACUAAUGGCGACUGAUCCAUAUAGUACACAAAAAGCUCUAUACACGGUACAAAAUAGACCAAAUCAUAUAUGCAGCUAGCUAGCUAGAGAAUAUGUAACAUUAGUUUGGGAAGGUGAUGCACAAAUCAGGGCUGCAUUUCUUUUACUAUAUCAUAUGUACUCCUUUCAUGGCUUGUUUUCAUGUUCCACUUGCAAAUGACGGCCGACUUUGACUACCCUGAUAAAUGAGGGUGUAAUGUAAAAUCGUGAAAUCCAGGCA